AGUCCUGCUCUGCCGUGCAGCGUGCGGGGCAGAGGGAGAGCCAAUCACCGAAACGCACGGGCUCCCUUUAAGCCUGACAUAUCUCCAACAGGAACAAAUUGUCCCAACAAUCAACAUCCCGAUCUGCUGCGCGCAUCAGGGGCUGCAGUGGAGCGGACGGUCUUGGGGCCCGUGCUGCGCGGACGAAUUGAUUUUGGAUUGCGUCGCGAACAGAAGCUUUGCACGCGCGCAGAACACAGGGCCGUUGCCGCCGUGGAUACCACCUCUUUGGGCUGAGGACUGAGCUCGGACACCAUGUCGAUACUACCGUCCUUCGGCUUUACGCAGGAGCAAGUGGCGUGCGUCUGCGAGGUGCUGCAGCAGGGAGGCAACCUGGAGCGCCUCGGCCGCUUCCUGUGGUCGCUGCCCGCGUGCGACCACCUCCACAAGAACGAGAGCGUCCUCAAGGCGAAGGCGGUGGUCGCGUUCCACCGGGGCAACUUCAGGGAGCUCUACAAGAUCCUGGAGAGCCACCAGUUCUCGCCGCACAACCACCCGAAGCUGCAGCAGCUGUGGCUCAAGGCGCACUACGUGGAGGCGGAGAAGCUGCGCGGCCGGCCGCUCGGGGCCGUGGGGAAGUACCGCGUGCGCAGGAAAUUCCCACUGCCGCGCACGAUAUGGGACGGCGAGGAGACCAGUUACUGCUUCAAGGAGAAGUCACGGGGGGUGCUGCGGGAGUGGUACACGCACAACCCGUACCCGUCCCCGCGGGAGAAGCGGGAGUUGGCCGAGGCCACGGGACUGACCACGACGCAGGUCAGCAACUGGUUCAAGAACCGACGGCAGCGGGACCGAGCGGCGGAGGCGAAGGAGAGAGAGAACAGUGAAAACAGCAACGCAGGCGGUAACAAACAGAACCAGCUGUCCCCACUGGACGGAGGGAAGUCUCUCAUGUCCAGCUCAGAGGACGAAUUUUCUCCGCCUCAGAGUCCCGACCAGAACUCUGCGCUUUUGCUCCAGGGCAACAUGAGCCACCCUGGGGCCUCCGCUUACCCCAUGUCCGGCCUGGGGGCCCCACAGACGGUGCACGGCAUGCACGGACACCCGCAUCAACUGCAGGAUUCCUUGUUGGGACCUCUAACCUCCAGUCUUGUGGAUUUGGGCUCUUAAAGAGGCUUCCAAAUUAUUCUAUUUUACAAAAGACCAGGAAACAAGGAGACUGAUAAGUGUAUCAGAUUGAGUACAUGUAUGAAAUAACACUAUAGUAGCCUACCUUAUAAUAAAGACUGACUUGUCUGUCGUUAAAUUUGGUUUAGAACAAAAUGACUUCACGCGCUUGACCUGUUUCUCCCUCGGACGGGAGGUUUCCUUCCCUCCUGCACCAACGGGACCUUUCUGAGACUCUUAACUCGACGAGACACUUCAACUGGACUGCCCAUGCUUAAUUUAUGAUAUUUUGUUAAGAAUUAUAGCAAGCUCCUGCGACGGAAACUAAGAGGUAACAUUUUCAUUAGACUCAUGGUAAUUAGUUUCCAAUAAAACAAAACUAAUA